AUGCUGAUGGGUAUAGAAUCAUGGAUAGCUUUGGGAGCACAAAAAAUAAUAUUUCCAAUACAAUCAGCCUCUGCUGAUACAGUUUUAAUUUUAAAAGAGUAUGAACGCAUUGGUAUUGUUCACUUAAGAAAAUGGCCUAAAUGUAAUUUUAAAAAAUUUUUAAUUCAAAAAAAUAAAGAAAUUAAAGGGCCUUUACUUUCCGAUGUAAAUCCGAAUGGUUUAGUAUUGUCUAGAGGCAUUGAAGAAUCCCAUGUUAAUUGUUUACAUUUUGUUAAACCGUUUGCUGAGAUGGUUGUUUUUACGGAUAUUGAUGAUAUGUUAAUGCCAUUGGAUCCUAUGAGAAUUCAUUCCGGAAACUUAUUUCGUGAACAUCCAAAUGCCGGUUCUCUUCUUUUUGAACAUAGGGAUGUUCAGUUUGUUCCACCAGAAACAGCUCCAGGGGAGCUAUACCAAUCAUUAGCAGAUUUUAAUUUCUCAUUUCUCCAUCAAACUCGUUGGAAAACUAAAUGUAAAAUUUGGAGAAUGAAAACGAGAGUUGUCGUUAAUGCAAGUCGCGUUGAUAGUGUAAAUAUGCAUGAGACGGGAAUUCAUCGUUUUGGUUAUUCUCAGGUUCGGGUGCCCUGUCGCCGUGCCCAUUUUUACCAUUUACGCCACUCUUUCAAAAAUAUUGCUUUAAAUGAAUGGCCAAUUAAAUUAGAUUUAUUACAAUACAAACUUGAACAACAAUGGCAAUUAAGAUUAAAUUUUAAUUUUACCAAAAUUGCUACAGAAACAAAAUUAACACGUUCGUCAGUUGAAAGUUUUGCUGAUUUUGAUAAUUGCAUGAUUGCAAUUAAUGAAGAACAUUGGUCUUUACGAGUUUCCCGUUGUUUGACACCUCAUGUUUGUUAUUCUAGAAUGGCAAGGUAA